GGACGGAUCAGCCGGUCUCCUUAGGGGAAGGUCAAAUUCGGGCUUACAGGUAUCGAUGUAUUCCGAGGUUCUCACCUUCUGGAAUAGGCUUGGCAUCAGAAACUAUAAAGCGUGCAGAUCACGAAAUCCAGAAAUUACACAGCAUGUGCGCGAUUUGAUGAUCAACACGGAAGUACAAAUAGCUGGGUUUCUUUUCCGGAUUAUUUUCUGCUCCCUGUUCAAUCAUUUUUGUAUUCCAAUAUGACGGGGUUGAAAAGCUUCGUAGCCCUGCUCCUUGCCGGAACCGCGAUAGUCAACGCCGUAGCAAUCCCCCCACCGCAUCACGAAGUUCACGAGAAACGCCAUGCAUUGCACCCCAGAUGGACUAAAAGAGAUCGUGUCGAGCCUCAUAAGUUGUUUCAAAUGCGUGUUGGGUUGAAGCAGUCGAAUCUGGAGAAUGGUUACCAGCAUCUUCUACAGGUUUCCGAUCCAUCGUCUCCACAUUUUGCGAAACAUUGGACAGCUGAAGAAGUGGUUGAAGCUUUUCGCCCCUCCAAGGAGACAGAAGAUCAGGUCCGAAAUUGGCUCAUCGACAGCGGGAUCCCCGAGCAAAGAAUCACCCACACCGAAAACAAAGCAUGGUUCGCUUUUUUGGCAACAGCUGCAGAAGCUGAAAAGCUUCUCUACACCCACUUUCAUGAAUAUGAAGAUUCAGAAACAGGUGGAGUGAUACCUGCUUGUGACCAAUAUCACGUGCCAAAGCAUAUUCGGCAGCACAUAGAUUACAUAUCUCCUGGAAUCAAACUCAUGGCUCCAGUCGAGUCUCAUCGAGAGAAGCGAGUCGCUGCUAUGGGUGAAUACGGAAUCAAGUCUCGAAGCGUCCACAUCCAACAGCACAAAAGUGUACCAAGUACGGACCCGAAUGAUCUCAGUACAUGCGACCAACUAGUUACUCCGGCCUGUGUCGCAGCACUAUACAAGAUUCCUCCCGGAACGAGCAAGAUUCGAGGAAACUCACUGGGAAUCUUCGAAUCCGAACUGCAGUUUUACACACAAAAGGAUUUAGAUUCCUUCUUCACGACUUAUAGAAAGGACAUCGAGAACGGCACCCACCCAAUUGGAGCGAACAUUGAUGGAGGAAUGCAAUCAACGAAAGACCUUUUCCAAGCUGGCCCAGAAGUCGCUCUCGAUCUUCAACUCGCGUAUCCCAUUGUUUAUCCUCAGGAGAUUACACUUUACGAUGUGGAUGAUUUCAUUGUCCAAGCGAAUCAAUUGGACACUUACACCUUUGGUUUCAACACUUUCUUAGAUGCUCUUGAUGGUUCAUACUGCAACUUUUCAGCCUAUGGCGAGACCGGUAAUGACCCCAACCUGGAUCAACAAUACCCAGACCCUAGUAUCGGAGGCUGGCACGGGCAACUCAUGUGUGGAGUCUACAAACCGACUAACGUAAUUUCCCUCUCCUACGGCGGACAAGAAGCAGAUAUCCCAGUUUCGUAUCAGAAGCGUCAAUGCCUCGAGUACAUGAAGUUGGGUCUUCAAGGUGUCUCGUUCCUUUACGCCUCAGGCGAUUCCGGAGUCUCGAACUAUCCCACAAGUUUUGGCGGCACCGACGGCCCAACCGGCUGUCUCGGCCCUAAAGGAAACAUCUUCAACCCCACCUGGCCCGGCACCUGCCCCUUCGUCACCAGCGUCGGCGCCACCAAAGUCUACCCAGGAUACACAGUCAAUGACCCUGAGUCCGCCGUUCUCGACCCAGCAUUCCCUCCUUACUCCUCUGGGGGCGGAUUUAGCAAUAUCUACCCCAUCCCUGAUUACCAGGCAAAAGCUGUAGCCACGUAUUUCGACAAACAUAGCCCGCCGUACCCGUAUUAUAGUGCGCUGUCCCCGGAUUCGAGUGAGGCACCGGACAUUACAGCAAUUGUGGGGAAUAGUAGCGGCAUUUAUAACAGGAUUGGGAGGGGGAUUCCGGAUGUGAGUGCGAAUGGGGAUAAUGAUGCUGUCUACGCCGGAGGGAACGCGAAUUCCUUUGGUGGCACUUCUGCUAGCACACCAAUUUUUUCGGCUGUUAUUACAAGGCUGAAUGAAGCAAGACUGGGUGUGGGCAAGAAGCCAAUUGGGUUCUUGAAUCCGUCGCUGUAUGCUAACCCCUCUAUGUUGAAUGAUAUUACGAAUGGGACUAAUGUUGGCUGCAACACAACCGGUUUCGCUGCUGUUCCCGGAUGGGAUCCGGUCACAGGACUUGGAACGCCAAAUUACCCAAAGAUGCUCGCAUACUACCUCAGCUUGCCAUAAAGGGCUAGAAGUUGUCUUCAGUGGACAAUGUGCGAAAAUAUAAUUCGGAGCAGAUGUGAAGGAUUGGUUUCCGGUCAUUGUAAUCACCUGGUAAAGCAAGAGAAAAGGCUGUAAUCGUAGAUCAAGAACAAUCAAAAUUGAUGCCAGCCAAUGUGGCCGUUGAAGA